AUGUCCAAUGAGUUGGCUAGCCAGGCGGGCUGGGAAGCCAAUCCGCUAUCCUUCCUGUACCGCCAGGCCGUCAUCACACCAGCCGAGAUCCCGGAAGAAUUCGACUUGUCUGACUGCACUCUCAUCAUGACGGGUGCCAGUAGCGGCCUCGGGCUCGAAGCCAGCCGUCAGUUCCUCGAGCGCUCACUCGGUCGCCUCAUUAUGGGCGUCCGCAACACAUCAAAGGGGGAGGCCCUCGCCGAAGGCCUACGACGGGAAUUCCCCAUGGCGCAAAUCCAAGUAUGGCACCUGGAAAUGGAGUCAUAUGAGAGUGUCAGAAACUUUGUUGCUCGGUGCAAGAAGGAGCUGACGCGGAUCGACAUCGUCAUCCUCAACGCCGCGGUGGUCGCUCAAAACUUUAUAGUCUCCCGGGAAGGCCACGAACUCAUGCUUCAAGUCAAUUUCCUCUCUACCACAUUACUGGCCCUACUUCUACUCCCGGUCAUGAAGCAGAAGAAGCCGGCGGGAGACCAGGCGAGGCUAGUUAUCGUCAGCUCGGAUUUCACGUACUGGCAUACGCCAGAGGAGGACAUGGUGACGGGUUCCAUGUUCAAGCCGGCUGACAAGGAAACCAUGUGGGAGUCUGGGAAGAAUUAUCAGCAGUCCAAGUUCCUGGGCCAGCUUUUCGUAGCAAAGCUUGCGACCUACGUCAACCCGAAUCAGAUCAUUGUCAAUCUCGCCAAUUCGGGCCUCACCAGCGGUACCAAUAUCGUCAAGCCAGCAAGCGAGUCAUGGUUCAUGGGCCUGAUGAAGAAGACUAUUGGUCGCAGCGUGGAAGUUGGCGCUAGGAGCUAUCUUGAUGCGGCAAUAGUAAAGGGCAGAGAGAGUCACGGGAGCUUCACCUCGGACGGACUCAUCAAGCCCUGCCUGCUUGACCCACCUACAUUCGGUCUUGACGGGCGGCACGAAUUCGAUGAAACCUACCGCAAGGCUCAGAAGCUCGGUGCAGGUGAUUUCUGCACCACCUUCUGCCCGUAUGAAACAGGCAUCAUCGACGCUGUUUGCCAGGUUCUUCUCCCCAGUUAUGACAUGAACGAAGACAAGCGGGCAAUCCGUGCGGAGCUGUACAACAUGAAUAUCUACUCCGGUCCUUCGGGCAAGUUCAAGGCGCACGUCGAUACUCCUCGUUCGCCCUACCAAAUUGGCUCCUUGGUUGUCUGUCUUCCGAUGAAGCAUGAGGGUGGCGAGCUGGCCGUGAGACAUUUUGGACAGACUCAUUCCUUCGACUGGGCCAAGAGCUCCACCAAGUCUGUCAUUCAGUGGGCGGCCUUCUACAGCGACUGCGAACACGAAGUGUUCGAGGUCAAGUCCGGUCACAGGGUUACGCUGACAUACAACUUGUAUGCGACAGCAGGAAACGGAGACCUCGGAGGUCAAAUAUCUGCUUUCAGCCCUACUUCGCUGCCACUCUACAAGCAGGUUGUAGACUUGCUCGGCUCCAAGAAAUUCCAGUCCAAGGAUAGACUUCUGGGAGUCUACAGCACACACGCUUAUCCUCACACCGAGAAGGAGCACGGCCUUCCGUUCUGCCUUAAGGGUCUUGACAUGGUGAUCUACAACACCUUCAAGAGCCUAGGCUUGGAAGUACACUUGUGUGCUAUUCUCGAAAACCCGAAAGGCUUUCGAAGGCGCAAGCUUUACAAUGGGGAAUUCUCUGAUGAAGAUACAGAUGCCGAGCCAACGCAGAGGAAAAUGAGAUUGGCGAAGAACAAUAAUGGGGCCGGAUCAGACUCGGAAGAUGACGACGGUAGGAAGUACUACACCAGGACCGUAGGAUACAUCAACCAAGCAUACUCCACGGACGAGCAGGUUGAGUACCGAGAUGACAUGAAACGCAUCAUCAACGAGGCCAUGGGAACCGAUAAGGUUAAAUUCGACGCUAGCAAGAUCAUUUGGCUGAACAAGAACAAUGGCGAGUCGAAUAUGCAGGUGUCAUAUAUGGCAGUAGGUUUCCCUAUCGCCCACCUCACGUUGAGAUCUGGAUUUAGCUAA